AUGUUUUUUUCAAAGACAAUUAAAGUGACAUUUGAAAAAUUAUUCAAUGCAAAACAACAAACUGUGAAAGGUGUACAAUCAGUAUUUUUUCGCAGUGGGUUUAUAUUUAUAGGCUCAGUAGUCGCUGUUUGGAUAUCAAUAUUUCUUUAUACAGCAUUUUACUAUGCAUACAUGCCAAAUAUGCAACACAUACGUCCUGUUCACUUUGAAUUUGAUUCAUGUCAAACAUUAAAAGGACCAUCCAGUUGGCCGUCAGCAUUUGUCCGAUUUACAAAAAAACAGCAAUUUUUGAUGGUUGGCCAGCCAUAUAAAAUAAAUUUAUACUUAGAAAUGCCAGAAUCAACAACGAAUAAAGAAUUAGGAAUGUUUAUGGUGUGCUCAAGCCUAAAAACUCACAAUCACGGUAUCAUUGAUAAGUCUUGUAGACCUACGAUGAUACACUAUCGAAGUACAUUACUCCAUUAUCUUACGACACUGGCAUUUUCGCCAAUGCUAAUUUUUGGCGCUCGCGAAGAAAAACAAAACAUUAUGUUGGAAUUGUAUCGUAAUUUCGAAGAAGACCAAAAUCAUCCAGUAACGUCAAUUUCUAUUGAAAUAAAAUCGAAAUUCAUCGAAUUUUAUUCAGCGACUAUUGAAAUCCAUGCUCAUUUAUACGGAUUGAGAUAUUUAAUGUUUCAUUGGCCAAUAUUGACAGCCAUAAUCGGAAUCACGACCAACUUAUUCUUUAUAUCGCUUAUAUUUAUACUGUCGUACUUGCAUUUUACAUAUGAAGAAGAUCUCCAAGAUGAACAGUUUAGUUAUGAAAAAGGUCAAAUGGAAAAAAGCACCCACAAAAAUAGCACUGACUUAUCUUCAGAGUCAUCUUCCAUAGAAGACGCCUCGUUACUCGAUGAUCUCAUUAAAAGCAGCGAUGAAUCCAAUAAAUUAGAUUUAAAUUUACCUGAAGACAAAUCGCGGUAUAUUGAAGAAAUUAAAUCAAAACCAAAGUGA